GAGAGCCGCGCGCGCGCCGCCGCCGCCGCCAGGGCCCCGCGCGACCGCGCCGUUAACGGCUGCUCUGCGCGCGCGGCCGGGGGAGGAGGAGGAGGAAAAAAAGGAGGAGGGAAAGGAGGAAAAUAACGAGGGAUGAGGAGGCCGCUCUUGCAUCACUGACCGCGGCCUGAAGAUCCCGAGGUCAGGACGGCCUCUUUCCCACCGUCGGCGGACUGAGGGGGAAAGGGCGAGAAGGAGCAGGAGGACUCUAUGCGCCUGGGAGAGCGUGGAGAUGAGCUAAGCCCUGUCCCCUGGAGCCGCCUGAGGAGAGCCGGCUCCCUCCCUCCCCCACCUCCCUACCGCCGCCAUGGCUCACUCACCAGUGCAGACGGGCCUGCCGGGGAUGCAGACUCUGAAGGCAGAUCCAGAAGAACUGUUUACAAAACUGGAAAAAAUUGGUAAGGGCUCUUUUGGUGAAGUUUUCAAAGGAAUUGACAAUCGGACUCAGAAAGUUGUUGCUAUAAAAAUUAUUGACCUAGAAGAAGCAGAAGAUGAAAUAGAAGACAUUCAGCAAGAAAUCACAGUUCUGAGUCAGUGUGACAGUCCAUAUGUAACUAAAUAUUAUGGAUCCUAUUUAAAGGAUACAAAAUUGUGGAUAAUAAUGGAAUAUCUAGGUGGAGGCUCUGCCCUUGAUCUACUAGAACCUGGCUCACUUGAUGAAACCCAGAUUGCUACAAUAUUGAGGGAGAUUCUCAAAGGACUUGAUUACUUGCAUUCAGAAAAGAAAAUCCACAGAGAUAUUAAAGCUGCUAAUGUUUUACUGUCUGAACAAGGAGAAGUAAAACUAGCAGAUUUUGGAGUAGCAGGACAACUAACAGAUACUCAGAUAAAGAGGAAUACUUUUGUGGGAACACCAUUUUGGAUGGCACCUGAAGUAAUAAAGCAAUCAGCAUAUGACUCGAAGGCAGAUAUCUGGUCAUUAGGCAUAACAGCCAUAGAACUUGCAAAAGGAGAGCCACCUCAUUCAGAAUUACAUCCAAUGAAGGUUUUGUUCCUCAUUCCUAAGAACAAUCCGCCAACACUGGAAGGAAACUUCAGUAAAUCCCUCAAAGAAUUUGUUGAGGCCUGCUUAAACAAGGACCCAGGCUUUAGACCUACUGCAAAAGAGCUCUUAAAACAUAAAUUUAUUUUACGAAACUCAAAGAAAACCUCCUACCUGACUGACCUUAUUGAUAGGCACAAGAGAUGGAAAUCUGAACAAAGUCAUGAUGACUCCAGUUCUGAUGACUCAGAUACUGAAGAUGGCCAGGCUUCAGGUGGGAGUGAUUCAGGAGAGUGGAUCUUUACGAUAAGGGAAAAAGACCCCAAGAAUCUAGAGAAUGGAGCAGCUCAGCCUUUGGAGUUGCAAAGAAAUAAGGAAAAGGAUAUCCCAAAGAGGCCUCUAUCCCAAUGCCUGUCUACCGUUAUAUCCCCAUUAUUUGCAGAGUUGAAAGAGAAGAGUGAAGAGUGUGGUGGUAACACAGAUUCCAUAGAAGAACUGAGAAAGUCAAUUUAUUUAGCUGAAGAGACUUGUCCAGGCAUUGCUGAUAACAUGGUGUCACACCUUGUGCAGAGGCUUCAGAGAUACUCACUGGCUGGAGGCAGUACUGCAUCCUACUGAGGUGCUGCUCCUGACCUUCCUCAGACAGCAGCAACCCCAUGGAGUCUGCAUGGAUGGCGUGCACCCCAAUGUUUUUCUGCCCCUCAGUCAACUGGAAUGUCCUUGAGUGGAAGGACGUUCCUCAAUGUGCAGGGCUGAAAAUGAAGUCUCUCAGAUGGAGAUAGUCUUUUUCAGCUCCUUAAAGCUAUAAUUUUUUAAAAGAUAAUGCACAUAUUCCAGGGAGGUGUCUUUUUGUAAAAUCUGAAAUGUAUAUUUAGGUUUGUGAUAGAGAAAUUGAAGAUAUUGAGAAACCUCAGGUAUCUUGCUUUAAGAAUUCCACUGGGAGAUGGAGUAUGUUUGUUGGAAUUGUGUACAGAUAUGUAUAUAAAGUCUUUUUUAACCUAAAGCCUUUCAACACGCAUAACGAAUCACUGUGUACAAAAUGGUUAAGUGCUUCUGUAGAUAAUGUUAGUGGGGUAAAUAUUUGACAGGCCAUAACUGAGUAUUGCCUUGCCUUUAUUAUGUGUAAAUUUUGAAUUACGUGAUAAGUGAAUCUUGGUUUGAUUUUUUUUGUAUGUGAAGGAUUUGCCAUUGGAAGAGUUAAUCCUGUACUAUGGAACCUUCUAUUCAUACCUCAGCAAAGACAGAAUUUUAUUCUGUUUCUCCAAUAUUUCUUCAUUUUAAUCUAUAUUCUGGGUGUGACUUUCUAAUCAUGGUACUACUUUUGGUUGUUUUAAAUUUAAUACACCUUGUCUAGCAAAGCUUUACAUUUAAAUCACUCUUUUUCCUAAAGAAAGAGCUCUUUCAUGUUUUGAGUUUUAAAUUGUGCCAAUUCGAAUUCUGGACCAUAUGUAUUAAGUUUUAGUAAUAGAUAUUUGUGAAGCGUGUAGUGAAAUGAAGAUACAAUCUUUUUUUCACCUAAACAUAGUUGAAUGCUCACACAAAUCUUUAUUAUCUGUAUUUAUUCUGAAAUAUCUCAUUCAGAUGCUGGCUCUGAGACAGUGGCAAAUAUUUCUCCAUCAUGCCUGUUUUUAUCAUUAAAAUGAAUGUCUUGCAGCAUAAAAGCAAAAUUAUCCAUGUAUUCAAUAUUUGGUCUUGCUGCCCAAACCUGUGUGUCUCUUUACCAAAACUGAUAGACAUUAGACAGAAAGGCUGCAGAACUGAGCCCAAGUGCUGUCUACUGUGUCCUAUUACUUGUUUCCUCAGAAAAAGUUACUUGAAAAUUCUGAAUUUUGAAAUUCCCACUGUUCCUGUGAGUAGCCCUAAAUAGCUGACUUAACUUUUUCUAGGUCUUGGAAACAGUAACAGUAGUUACACACACACAGUUGAUGUGGAAUUUUUUCCCCCCACAGUAUUACUCUGAGGUUUACAUUGGUUUGUUUCACCAAGGUUGUAUUCUGUAGCUAACAGAGCAUUUUUUUUGCCUUGUUUUUAAUGAAGAAAUGGACAAUUUUAUGUUCUGCAUGACAGUGAGGAAACUUACCUGUUUAUGUGUUGGGUUUUUGUUUUUUUUUUUUUAAAUAUAGAUAUGAGUUUUGGGACAGAAAGGAUUAAAAUUUUAGAAGUGUAGGCAUGUCUACCUGGCUUGGUACAGAAAGACCCCAGUUCUGUAACAAUUCUGAAAGCUGGUGAGUUCUCCUUGCUGGACUUAUCGCUAUGGUAGCCCUUAUUCUAUGCAUAUUAAUAGCCUUAAUUAUGAAUUUAAUAAUUUAACAGUUAGGGGACACUGUCAUGCUAAGAGAGCUGUGAAACUUCUAACCAGGUAGAAACAGUUGAAAGAAACAGGCACACAUACACUGCUUUUUGUAUCCAUGUUCUUAGGCAUGACAGGUUUGCCAUUGUAACGAGGUAACAGUUUUCCUUUUUGGCUAAGUGAGAUUAAAGUAAAUGAAACAAUGCAUAAAUCAGAGUAAUGAUUUAUAACUCCUCUGAUCAAUAUCUUGAAAUAGGUAGUUUUCUGUUCUCUCAAACAGUAAGGACAGGGGCUCUCCCUUGAGGAAACAAAUGUAGCUCUGCUAUUGUGUAGUGCACCCAAUCACAAAGUUACCUGUUGGCAUCUCAGUAUUAGAACAUUCAGCCUUUUAGUAAACAUGGGCUGUUAUUGCAUGUGGAAAUUAACAGAUGUGUUUGCAUUUGAAAUAUAAACUGAUUAAUGGAAGCUUUUCUCCAGUCACCUGUUAAUGUAAGGAUGUGAAAUUGAAAUGAGCUUACUUGGAGCUGCACAGAAUACAGAGAUUUAGUGAGGAAGUUAAACGUAUGGUGCUGGCUGGAAUCUCAAGAAUUUCUCAAUCAGAAAAUUAAACAAAAUUUUAAAUUAUGCUGGUUUUGAACAAUCGUGGAAAAGCUCAUGACAUUGUUUUGAGUUGCAUUUUAGUUGCGUUCCAGGACUGUAUGUUGAGGAAAUACUUCUCUGAGUAGAUUGUGGCAAAAUUUGCUUGGUGAAUGUGUCCCCUGGUGUAGGAACUUAACAUGGAUAAGACCUACAGCAAGGGCAGUCGGCCAAAAGGCUGGGACAUUUGGAAAAAGACAAGACCUCAUUUAUGGUAGAGAUGUGUAUUUUUAUAUGUAACGUAUAGAUUAUUUAAAUACAGACUAUCUUAAACUCUGAGAUUCACUGAUAAAAGUGUGCUGUAUCUUGAAUGUAAAAUUACAGUCAUUUGCUAUUGAAAAAUACUGAUGCUUUAAAAAUCAGAUCUGUAUUGGUAGCAGAAGAGCUUCAUUUGAAAGAAGCAUGGCCUCAGUUUUUGAAAGAAAAUGAAGUGUAUUGAUAUUUUUGAAAGGUUGUUUCAUGCUAAAAACGUUUCUGUGCUACAAUGUUGCAGUGCUGAACUUUCUGUGCAGGUAGUACUUCACUCAGUCUUUAUUAUAUUAAGCAACAAGCUAUCCCUAUUUAUGCAAAUAUGUAAAUUGGUGGAACUGCUUAUUUGUCAGGGAUUUCAAGAUUAGGCAGUAAAUAAAAUCACUGUUGAAGAAAAAUAAUAAAAUCAGUCAUUUGACCUGGAGGCUUGCUUUUUGUAUGUAUCAGAUGUGUAAUCUAUUUUUUUAACUUAAUUUUCCUUGCAGUUGCACUUUGUAGUUGAUCACCAGUUUGCUAAAGGAUGACGGCACGAUCACCAUUGUACAGAAAGCUUUUGGUGUAGUAACAAAGCAGCUCUUUCCCUGCAGAGCCACAGUUCCCUUGCAGCUCCAGAGUUUUUGUGUGUGUCUGCGUGGGCAUGGACAGAUGAAGCGGUUAGAGCAGAGUGGUGGCACCCAGGGUGUUCUGGUAAGAACGUGCGUGUGGGCACUUGAGUGCAAAGCAUGUGGCAGGCUGGGAGUUCACCUCCUGCUUCAUCCACUGUAACUCCUGUGAACUCCUUCAUCUGUCUGUGCUGUCCAUGUACUUGUGAAAUGUCUCUGCUAGCUCUCUAUGUGGCAUUCUGUCUUAUUUCUUUAGAGAUGUAGUAUUUGUUUGUAAUAGUUUUACAUUAGCCUUACCUGUAAGGAAAAAUACUUUUUGCCUUCAAAAAAAAGUCACCAUUUGGAAGAUUAUCAGACAUGUUGGUAAGCACAGGUGUAACGCAAGGAUCAGUACAAUUGCAAAUUAUUUUUGUAAGUUGCUGGGGAAGAGCUUAAAAAUAUAGCACAAAUCUGCAAGCUUGCUCUUUUUCACUAUACUUUGCAGAUGUGCUGGUAAUUGCACUGAGCAUAUGCAGUAGAGAAAUUGUAAUCGUUUUCUGCCUUUUAAAGCAUGAUUACAGAGGACAAUAAAGUGUAUAUCUUGUUUUCUGUAAUAUUGCUGCCUAUUCAUAAUUGUGUAUUUAAAUUUUACUUUUGUCACUCUACACCACUAUGAUAAAACUUGUAAACUACAUGACCUAGAAAUAAAGAAGGAAAAC